AUGCCUCUAUUCCCAAGGAAACUCGCUGACCUGUUUGAGUUGAAGACUUAUGUGCAGAACCCAGGCCUUGGGAAUGGAGGUCUCGGCUCCCGGCCUGCUCAGGGGGCCUUGGCCCGGGAGCCCCGGCAGAGGCAGCUGAGCAGCGCUGCCCCCAGGGCCGAUGCUGAGGAGGACAAGGUGAAGGCCGAGCAUGGCUCAGCCUCACCAAGAGGCUUCCCCUGGAGCCAGGCCAAGGAAAUGGGUCAUUCCACCUGUCCUGGUGUUACCAGAUAUGAAGACCUGAGGGAUGUCUUUGAAAAGGGGACGGAAAACCAGAAGGGUGAACAGCCAUCGGUCAAGAAGCCGGAGAAGAGGAACGAUGGCUCGAAGAAGCCCCAGGCCGCAUUGUCUUCUAGUAAACGGGUGAAGUCUACCUCUGACGGACACCUCCUUCAGCGUGCAAAAGCCCAGGUGACGUUACCUCCAGCUGUGGAAGAAACGGAGCCGCUCCAGAAGCUUUACCAUCUCCUGGAAGCCAAGGGGUUUCAGACACGGAUGGAAGGAGUGGCUCUCUUCCUAGACCUGUGCAAAACCAGCCCCCAGCUCAUCUCCGCUAACAUAGUCCGAAUCCAUGCUGCGCUGUACAAGUUGGCUCAAGAGAAACUAGACCAGAAGUACGUAGAGCGUUGCGAGGAGGAGAUCAAGAAAAGGAGCCCAGAGAAAACGUCCUUGCAGCUGCCUCCUCAGACAGCUGACCCUGGACAUGCAGCUGAAGAAAGCUUUAGCCUACCACCUGUCAAUGGCACAGCUUCCGGUGUGCAGAGAAAACAUCCUGGUAGCGCCCUGAAGGAGAAGGUCUUGAGGAAGCGGGACAAUGUGCCCUUACUGUCCAAUACGCCCAUCAUCCAUGGGGACGGCAACUUCCCACACAAGCUGCCAUCAGUGACCUCGCAGACAGCCACGGGUGCCAAGCGCCCAGAGGAGCCGCUCCAUGGGCAUGGGCAGAAGGACACAGCCUCUUCUGAUCCACAGCAGUCCUUGCUCAAGGCACUCUCCCUGCUCAGAAGUGAUGACUGGGAGCUGAAGGAGAAGGGACUCUUCAGCAUCAAACACCUGGCUGGGUCCCAUUCGGAAGUCCUGUUUUGUAGACUUCGUGACAUUUGCCGGGCAGUUACCAGCGAGGUGACCAACCUCCGCUCAAAGGUAUCCUACUCUGCUAUCGUAGCUCUGGGAGAGCUCUUUGCGACCUUCAAGAAGGACAUGGACUCUGAGGUGGAUGGGGUUGCUCGGGUCCUUCUCCAGACGGUGUGGAACUCCCCGGAGUUUGUUCAGGAAGCAGCCACUCAGACCCUGGGGAUGAUGGUGGCCAAUGUGACUCCUGCACGAGCAAUGACUGCUCUCAUGGACAGUGGACUGCAGAGUCGCCACGUCCAGGUGCGGAAGUGUGCGGCUGAACUCCUCCUGUCCUUGAUGGAGAAAAUCGGAGUCACAGAGCUCGCAAGCACACCCAUGGCUGAGAGGCUGGUGCACAGGGCAGGGAAGCUUGCUCAGGACUGUGACAAGGACACAAGGCAUUACGCACAGGAGAUGGUGAAGAUGUUGCUGAAUCAUGAAAAACUUAAAAGGCUUUUGGAACAAUCCGUUUCCACCCGAGACCUGGAAGAUAUUAUGACAAGAAUUAAGAAGAAAGGGACGGAAAACCAGAAGGGUGAACAGCCAUCGGUCAAGAAGCCGGAGAAGAGGAACGAUGGCUCGAAGAAGCCCCAGGCCGCAUUGUCUUCUAGUAAACGGGUGAAGUCUACCUCUGACGGACACCUCCUUCAGCGUGCAAAAGCCCAGGUGACGUUACCUCCAGCUGUGGAAGAAACGGAGCCGCUCCAGAAGCUUUACCAUCUCCUGGAAGCCAAGGGGUUUCAGACACGGAUGGAAGGAGUGGCUCUCUUCCUAGACCUGUGCAAAACCAGCCCCCAGCUCAUCUCCGCUAACAUAGUCCGAAUUUUUGAUUAUUUUGUACUGAGAAUUGCUGACAGCCAUAAGAAAGUCAAGCAGAAGGCGUUGGAUGUGCUUGCAGAAAUCAUAGGCAUCCUGGAAGAUGCCCUGAACCCAGUGAUCAUUGGUUUGGUGGAAGGAAUAAUAAAGAACCUAAACUCAAAGGAUCCCGGGGUUCACACCGCAGCUGUGAAAGCACUGGAAGAAUCCAUUGCUCAUUUAGAUAAAGUAGCACUGAUGAAAGAGUUCAGCCACCGAUGGAGUAAGCUGAGUGGCCAAGCUCUGCUGGAUGUCACGGAGCGUAUCACAGUGCUUGUGGAAUGGGUUUAUCCCAGGAGCCCUGAAGUCAUCCAGCACUACGUCCUGCCCGUGCUCUGGUCCUCCCUGGAGAACAAGGCGCUGCCUGUGCGAAGCACCAAUGUCCGCACUGUGGUCACCAAGCUUGCCUCUGCCCUCUACAAGGUGAUGGGCACCAAGCUGAAGAAGCGUGCUGCCAGCCAGCCUCCACAUGUGCGGGAAAACCUGUCCAGCAUUUUGGGCUGGUGAAGGCUUCAUAUUCUGCAGAAAGCUGAGAAAGUGCUGAGUUGGACACCUCCAGAUUUCACUUUCUAGCUGUGCCCAAAGUGCCAAAAUACUAUGGAAGGGCGUGCCUCUGGCCCCACUCUCUCCACUGCCCUUCCUAGUCGUGGCAUGGGGGAUCUGAAGCAACUUCUGAUCGAGGACAAGGUGAAGGCCGAGCAUGGCUCAGCCUCACCAAGAGACCUGACUGGCUCCACUCUUACCAAGAAGUUUUCUCUGCGC